ACAUUUGAUUAUUGGAAAUUCUUCUAUUGUCGGCUCAUCGUUGCAAAAAUUUGCAACUGAACAACAGAUAAAUUUCUUAUUGCUUGUCUACGAUAUUAUUUAGUGUGCUUGUAGGGCGAAGAACUUUUAAUAUUCGUUAAUAUAUAAUAAGUCAUUCGAAAAUGGAAGCGACUUUGAACGAUUACAAACUGAGUUGCGAAUUGUAUGGUCAUUCCAUGGAUGUGCGCUCUGUUGCAGCCGGUUGGGAGGCUGUGGAAGGACAAAUUAUAAUUUCGGGUUCUCGCGAUAAAACAGUUAAAUUGUGGAAACGUUUGGGGCAAGAUUAUACAGAGGCUGUCACUUUUCAAGACCAUAAAAACUUUGUAGCUUUUGUGUUCUACCUUGAAACAGAACAAUGGGUUUGCUCAGCUAGCAAUGAUGCCACCGUCGCCAUUUACAAAGAGGGUGGUUUUGUGCCCAUACUAUCGCUCAAAGGACACGACUCCACAGUUUGUUCAAUCGCGGCUGGAGCAGAGCUAAAAACUCUUAUUACUGGUAGUUGGGAUAAAACGGCGCGUAUCUGGACUAUUAAAGAAACUGGUGAUGUCAGUUCAGUUGUGUUACGUGGCCAUGAAGCAGCAGUAUGGUCAGUGGCUUGCAUGGUCGAGGCAAAAAAAUAUAUUACGGGUGGAGCAGAUAAAUGCAUAUAUUACUGGAAUGCCAAGGGUGAAAAAUUACGCAUGCUAAAAGGACACACAGAUUGUGUUCGUGGAAUUUUACCAAUGAAUAAUAACUCACUAGUUUCAUGCGCCAAUGAUGCAGUUAUAAAAUAUUGGAAUGAUGAUGGUGAAUGUGUAAAAGAGUUGAGUGGUCAUACAAAUUACAUAUAUUCCGUUGCGGCGAAUUCGGCUCUGGGAGAAAACAUAAUAGUGACCUGUGGUGAAGAUAGUACACUACGAAUGUGGGACUUGUCGAUUGGCCAAGAAUUGGGUGAGGCCAUUAUUCAUCCUGCACAAUCAGUUUGGUCCGUAACUUGCUUGAAGAAUGGCGAUAUUGUGACUGGUUCUAGUGAUGGUGUGGUUCGUGUAUUUACAAAGGAUCCUGCCCGAUAUGCAAAUGAAACGUCCCUUAAAGCUUAUGAGCAUGCGGUCGCUAUUAGAAAAGAACAAAUGUCUGAAGACAUUGGUGGAAUAAAAAAGACUGAUUUGCCCGGUCCUGAAGCAUUACUCACAAAUGGCACGCGAGAGGGUCAAACGAAAAUGGUGCGUCAUCAGGAUGGUUCAGUGAAGUGUUACGCGUGGCAAUUGGGACAAUGGACUUUAAUUGGUGAUGUUGCAGGUGCUUCAGGUGGAUCUCAAGCCUCUUCGGGCAAAACCUUACAUGAAGGAAAGGAAUACGACUUUGUUUUUUCGGUAGACAUCUCAGAUACUGAGCCUCCAAUAAAACUGCCCUAUAAUAUUGGUGAAGACCCAUGGCAAGCUGCGCAAACAUUUAUACAUCGAAACAAUCUACCACAAGCCUAUCUCGACCAAGUUGCUAAUUUUAUAAUAAAAAACUCCAAAAGUGCUGGCAAUGUGGUGACACAACCGACCGUUAGUGGUUACCAGGAUCCGUUCACGGGUGGUUCGAGAUACGUACCUGGUAGUAGCAACCAAAGCCUAAAUGCCGCAGGCAACGUUGAUCCAUUUACUGGUGGUUCAAGCUACUCUACAGCUGCAUCGCUUUCACAACCAAAAACGGAAGUUAAUUUCAUAAAGGGCAGUGAAAAACAUUUUCCCGUCAGCAGUUAUGUAACUUUUGACAAUUGUGAUCCAGCCAAAGUAUUGGAGAAAUUGAAGGAAUUUAAUAAUAAGCUGACCAAUGAGAGUGAAAAGGUUUCGGAUACUUUGCUAAACGCAAUUAUUGCACUAACAAGCGCAUCGCCAGAAGUGGACACAAGUUCAGUGGAAGCGCUGCACCAUUUAUUACGGUGGCCUAAUGACAUCCUCUUUCCAGUACUGGAUGUGGCCCGUCUGGCUAUACGUCAUGAACCAAUAUUUUCGAUUUUAAAUUCUUUUAAUUUCCUUGAUAACAUUCUGCCAAAAUUGAAUACAUCUGCAGCAAAUACUUUAAUGAUAGUCCGUUGCCUAGCAAACAUGAUGCGCCAUGAAGCUGGGCGUAAACAAAUUGAGCCUCGCUUGGUGAGCAUUUCGGCACACAUCGAUCAAAUCAAAAGUGGCAGUGUGAAUUUGCAGAUCGCCAUUGCAACAUUCUAUUUAAAUGUCACAAUAUCGCAGACGCUUAGCGUAGCAAAGGGUGAAUGUUGUCGUGUGGUAACCGAAGGUAUCGUGGAAUUGCUGAAAUGGGCUGUUGACUUGGAGGCAUGUUACCGCGCAAUUCAAGCCAUUGGUAAUUUAACAACAACACCAUUUGGCCAAGAGGCUGUUGCUAUUGUCGUAUCGGUGGACUAUGUUAUGGACAAAAUACGUGAAUUAACCAACACCCCUCAAUCUGGAGUUUACGCUAAACUCAAUUCUGCGGGCAGCGCCCUACUGGCGGCUUUCUGAGUAAUGGUUGCGACACGCAGCGUUUAUAAAACGAUAUUGAAAAAAUGCAUUAAAUGCAGGUUUUGUUACACUACCAUUUGAUAAAAACAGAAAAUAAAAAGUUUAAAAAGUAUAA